AUGUCUCUCAGCGUUGUUGUUUCAGAUCUCUACCGCGAGCAUCCAGGGGAUUCAGAAGCCAGUGAAGCACGGAAACACAUUCCAUCCUCACAAAUAGCAGAGUCAUUCGUUCCAUCUUCAGGGUACAGCCCACAAGUCAGAGCAGGACCGGCAUGGAUGCAAGACCAAGGCGCGCUUGCGACAUAUCACCCAUCAUUACAGCAGCGCCAACCAAGAUACACCCAACCCCAAGGUGUCCCAAGAGCUCCACUCAAGCCAAUGACAGGCCAGCAGGUCAUUCCGAUGCAGAUUGAUUCUGGACAGCGUGGGAUGAAGAUCAUGCCACAGAUGCAGUCUGGCUCUCAGACGAUGGGGCCUCUUCAGCGUCUAGUGGUUCGCCCGAAUGCACAGCGUGCGCCUCCACAACCAUCUCUAGUUCAGCCCAAGGGACCGCCUUAUCGAAGUCCCCAACCCUCUCAGCAGGUUCCCUUGAUCGCAACUUCAGCGUCUCGUUCUCUUGGAACUCCUCUUGACUUUGGAAGAAUGCGGGAUUUAGAUUGGAGUUCUGUUGCUGGAAUGCAAGGAGCGCUUCAGGGAUCUCAAGUUUACGUGGGAGGAAGCUUCCCACAGCAAGCCCAGCAACGCCCAAGACCCAAAGGGACCCCAGCGACAACUCCAACGUCAUCAACGCCCCAUCUUUGGCAGCAGCAGCAGCAGCAACUUCUCACUGGUCAGCAGCAGCUUCCAAAUUACAACUCUCUAGCUGAAUCAGCGCGCUCUACUGCUCAACCACCGGCUUCAUCCAGUGGUGGUCAGCCGCCUUCGCCUGGAACACAACAAAACGGUUCUAGUCAACAAACUUCCCUUGCUUCUUCAACGAGCGCGAGUCGAACAGGUUUUGAGGGAACGGGGUAUCACACUGUUGUUGGUGGAUAUGAAACGCAACAAUCUGCUGGAUUUCAACAUUCAGCGUUGCGAUCUUUCAUCGAUCCUCCACAUCAAGCCUAUCGUGUCCCCAACCAACGCUUUCAAGCUGCACCACAACAAGGCCAGAUGCUUCAACGCAUUCCCUUCUCAGAUCAACGACCUCCACCGUUGCGUCCUCUUCAAUCCGGUAUCGUUACUCCAUAUCCCCUCCAGCACUCGGAUGGAAGGACCACUCCAAUAGGAUAUCUGACUCAAACACCAACUGCACACCGAGCAAUGUGGCAGCAGCCUCAGGACGCCGAUGUGCCACGCACUCCCCAACCUGCUUACCGGCCAGUCCUCCAGCCUGAGCAAUGGCAACGACAGAUGCAGAUGACCCAACAAGGUGGAACGACAAGCCAGCAGUUCCAUCAACAAGUUCAAAUGGCAGCAGCAACAGCCAGCGUGUCUCGAUGGCCUGCGCAACAAUUUUUGCAACAGGCCCAGCUAUUGAGAACCGCUCCCCACCAGCAAUUUGUUCAGAUGCAACAGCAACAGCAGCGCCAACGUUCUCAAUCAUCACCUCAAAUCUACACGCCUCAAGCUCAAUCGAUGAUGGCAGGCUACGUCCCACCAACAGCGGCAACCACCCCAGUUACCAAACACCCCAAAACCCCUCCAACCCAGUUCAACGACGGAUCCAUUUAA